AUGGAGUCAGACGAAAGAACGCAGGUGGACGCCCUGAUGGAACCGAUCUCAAGAUUGAGUAUGCUGCUCACUGGGUUCUCGAUUUUCUGGCGGUUCGUUUCCAUUUUCAUCAACUGGGGCCUGGCCUACGAGUAUUGGAUGGAGGAAUCCUACGGCUACUGUGCCUGGACGAUCGGCUCGAUCGUGCUGCCCAUGACGGUCACAUCGGUUAUCUAUAUACACACUCUAAAAGCCGGCCAUUCGGGGGAGAAACGCAUCCUGGAAAGGGGAUUAUACUCAAAUGUGGUGAUCUCGUACCUCUUUCGCGAUGCCUACUCUCUUAAUUAUGCACUGAAAUAUACGGAGGCGAAAAGGCGGGAUGAUCAGCAGGAGGAGAUCAGAUAUUAUCAAAAGCUUAUGACGGAAGAGUGCAAUGUCAGCUUUGUCCGCCUUUUCGAUUCGUUCUUGGAAUCCGCACCGCAGAAAAUAUUACAGCUCGUCAUAGUACUGCGAUCGAUCAAGGACUUUACAUACUAUCGCCUGAUCGCCUUCGUCGUCUACUUUGGGAACAUAGCGUGGUGCAUCCAGGCGUACAAUCACUCCAAUCGCCUGGUGCAGUUGGACAAACAUGAUAUUGCGGCCAAGGGACGAUUUCUGCAAUUUCUCUUCCUCCUCUGUCUCACUGUUUCUCGAACGCUUUGCAUCGCGUAUGUGGCCAGUCUCUUUCCCAUCGAAACACUGAUUAUUUGUGCUGCGCACGCUUGCUUUUGCGGCACCAUUGUAUUUUUCGUGGACUCCCCAAUGAUCGCCGAAUCCCGCUUUAUGAACUACCUGUACUGCCUUUGCUUUGGCGUAGUCUACCUUUUUAUUUUUACGCCCGUUAAGGAUGCACCGACCAAGUAUAAAUACGCCUCAUACCUUACAUUCUGCCUGCUGCAAAACACAUUUGCCUGUGCUUUGUUCAUUCCCCUGUAUCUCUCCAUUGCCAUUAUUGCCUUGUAUAUAGUCGGCAUCGUGCUGAUCGUAUUCUAUUACACUUACUGCCAUCCCAAUACCAUAAGAACUUAUUUUUAAUGUAGCAUUACUUUGUAGAAU